AUGGAUCCUGAAAGAACCCUAAGUCCUCAACCUCCGCCGACCUAUUCCGAGGCGACCAUGUCUGCCCUCACCUCGGAUGGGUUUGCUGUUUCUCCCAUGUCGGAACGAUACAAUCCUCUAGCCCAGGUGACCGUUUCACCACUAGGGACGCCGAUACCUCCAUCCGCAGAUACCUUUACAGCAAAGCCUGGGGUCGAACACGAACGACCGAUCGAAAACGAGAGUAGCCGCGGGAUCAAUGACGACUGUCUUCCUGAGGUUGUUUCAAAUGCGGUUGUCAGAGUCGAGCCUCCAGUCUUGGAGACACCGGACGAUCGUAUCGAAUAUGUAUCAAGUCUAGAAGUCAUGUCAAUUACGCCUCGAUCGGUCACACCCCGAACAGUUACACCUUUACACAUGCUUGGAGAUCAACCCGAGUCGAUCGAUUGUCCGUUCUGUCAUCGACGUACCGAGACGCGUGUCAGCAAGAAGCCUUCAAACGCCACACAUCUACAAGCGGUUCUUCUGUUAUUUACCACGGUCUGUGGAGUAGCUGCUCCUUAUGUAGCCGGAUGGUCGUUUGAUAUUGAGCAGUUUUGUCAGAAUUGCAGCAACAGAGUGGCAUACAAGGCCCAAGGGAAGGAAUUACACCUUUGUAAAGCUCCCGACUCCUGGAAAGAGCCGUCAAAGUUUCCUGAUGCUGAGUGA